AUACAAGCAACACACACAGAGAGAGAGAGAGAGAGAGAGAGAGAGAGAGAGAUGAAGACAUGGAAAGUGCUGUGUUUGUUAAUGGUAAUGAUCCUUCUGAUGAGAGGAGAAGGGCAAUUGAUGGAGAAUUUUUACAGUUCAACUUGUCCAAAUGUAGAAGCCAUUGUUCAGCAGGCUGUGGCCACGAAGUUUAGCCAAACAUUCGUUACAAUGCCGUCCACUCUUCGUCUCUUUUUCCAUGACUGUUUUGUUGAGGGAUGUGAUGCUUCUGUUCUUAUAGCUUCACCAAAUAAUGAUGCUGAAAAGGAUGCUCCAGAUAAUCUUUCCCUGGCUGGAGAUGGCUUUGAUACUGUGAUCAAGGCAAAACAAGCAGUCGAGGCACAGUGCCCCGGGGUAGUAUCAUGUGCAGACGUUUUAACCAUUGCUGCUCGAGACGUGGUUGUUUUGGCUGGAGGCUCUCCUUUCGCCGUGGAACUUGGAAGGCGAGAUGGACUCAUCUCUAAAGCAUCUCGAGUUUCUGGAAACUUACCAGAGCCGAACUUUGAUCUCAAAACCCUUAAUACCAUGUUUGCCAAACACAAUCUCUCGCAACUUGAUAUGAUUGCACUGUCAGGAGCUCACACUGUUGGCUUUUCCCACUGCAAUCGUUUUGCAAACCGCAUUUACUCAUUUUCAACAUCGUCCCCUGUCGACCCAACCCUGGAUCCUAACUAUGCACAGCAGUUGAUGCAAUCCUGCCCUCAAAACGUGGAUCCAUCCAUAGCUAUUAACAUUGAUCCUGUUACUCCUCGAACAUUCGACAACACAUACUUCCAGAAUCUGGUCGGAGGGAAAGGGUUGUUCACUUCAGAUCAGGUUCUGUUCACCGAUCCAGCAUCCCAACCUACUGUAAAUGAUUUCGCGAGUAACCCGUCCGUCUUCAAUGGAGCUUUUAUCACUGCAAUGAGGAAGCUUGGCAGGGUAGGUGUUAAAACUAGAAAUAAAGGAGAAAUAAGGUUGGAUUGUACAAAGUUCAAUUCAUAAAUCAAUUUCCCACAAAAAAUUUAAAAUAAAAACAUUAGAGUACACCCCAAGUAAUACUCUGGACAAUAAUGUAUUAGAUUGUUAGGUUUCCAUUUGGUGCAGACAAUCUGUGUUCUGGUUUUUUGUCAUUCAAUUAUCACGUAAAAAACCAGUGUUGAAAAUAAUGUUGUUCAUGUAAAAUUCAUAUCUGUAGAAUACAAAAUACAAACAAUUUUUUUCCUA